UUAAUUUUAAUUUUGACCCCUUUUAUUACAUUCUUCUACUCAAUAUAACCCCUUUCACCCUUCACAUCAUCUUUUAUUCUCUCUAUAGUCUAUACCAUAUAAAACUCUAAUCAUCAUAAAGUUGCAUUUUACUAUUUUGUUGACAUGAAUUCAGAUAUUUCAAUUGAAGAAAAUGAUGAUCAAGAUGAAAACUCCGGAACAAAACGUUGUUAUGAAUGCACAUUUUGCAAGAGAGGUUUCACAAAUGCUCAAGCAUUAGGUGGUCACAUGAAUAUUCAUAGAAAAGACAGAGCAAAAGCUAAGCAACCAACAAAUUCUUCAUCGUCACGACAAUAUACAAAUUACAAAUUCUACACCACCAAUGAUGAAGUUGUGUCUUUUCCUUUUUCUUCGGAACAAACCAUAAAACAAAACUUUGAUCAUCACAUGUAUUUUCAACAUCAAUAUUUACCACCACCAAAUAACCUUGUUACAAACCAAUUACCUUCAAAUGUCAAUGCUUUUCCAUAUGAUCAAUAUUAUCCAAAAUCAUCAUCAUCAUCUAAUUGGCCUAAUUUGCAUUUGAAUCACCAAGAGCUUCAAGGUGCUAAUUUGAGUCUUCAAAUUGGUCCAACUCAUGAUCAUGUGGAUAAUAACAAUAAUAAUAAUAAUCAAAUCAUUUGGAGUGGAAAUCAGAAACAAAAUGAUGAAGUGGACUUGGAGCUCAGACUUGGCCUUGAUCCAUGAUUAAUUCAUCAUACUAUAUAUUUCAUCUUUUAAUUAAGUCGUAGAAGCACAUUUUGCUGUAUAAAGAAACAGAAGAGUUUAAUGGAUCACAUGCAAUUCUCCUAACAGGUUUGAUAUGAUGCACAGCUAGAAGUGCAUGAAAUAUUGUCAGAUAUUAACACUGAGGUACAUUAAUUAAUUCCAUUAUUGUAGUUUACUAAUUAAUAUCUUCAUAUAUUUUGUAAGAACUAAGAAGAAAAAGUACUAUAGUAGGAAAAUCCCAUUUUAAUGAUUAACCUUUUGGGUAUUGUAAACAUCUAUUUCACAGAUGAGUUUGUGGAUAUUUAUAUAAUUCAAGCAGUAUAUAUAUAUAUAUAGGUUUUUAAUCUUUUGCUUGCAAUUAGCAUAAAUGUGUUGAGAUUAUUGUUAUUGUAAGAUACAAUUAAUACUAGUGCUUAAUGAUCUUUGUACAAUUUAAUUAA